UUUCAUGCAGAGCAGAAAGUGCACGGAGUUGUGCACGGAGGCGAUUGCACAUGGCUGUUUUGUAUUUAUUUUUGUAGUUUUGUGAUGAUAAUAUUUCAAAAUUUGAAGCACUGAUAUGGCAGAUGAUGACGAGGUAGCCUGUUUGUGGUCGGGCGUUCCGGCCCGACACGUUGAUGUCCCUGUCAUAACCUUGGAUUCGCCCCCUGAAUCGCCGCCGCAGGAUGACAAGGGUGCCCUUCCAGUUUGUUCGGCGGUGCCACUCAUGUCCAUCCCGAUCGCACCCACUUUCGGCUUCAAACACAUCAACCUGACCAAGUACAUUCCUCCCGAGGUACCUGCAACUCCGGAGGACAGCGAACAUGAGGAGGAGAAGCAGAAGCCACCUGAACCUAAAACGAAGAACAAAAAGAGGAAGAAGAGGAAGAAGAAUAAAAAUCCAAUUCUGGUGGAAAAGAUGAUAGACCAAAUAAAAGAGGCUGGCAUAUUGGAGAAAUUCAAGGAGGAGGAGCAGAAAGCCCUGGCAAGUCAAGCUAGCGUCCAACCCAAACCUAAAUGGACUCGAUAUUUUGAGGCUGAAGUAGGAAGUUCCUCAAGCUCCGAGGCAUUCAAAUUUCCAGAAAAAGAAGAGCCACCAGUCUUAAUAACAGCCAGAGACAUUCGAAAAGCUGCUGAGAGGGCCGAGAGGCAUGGCAGAAUACAACGAGGAAGAGUGGCCAAACUCUCACGGAACAGGGGGAGGCCUGUCGUCAAAUCUCGUUGCUUUAACUGCCACCAGUGGGGUCACAUGAAGUUCGAGUGCCCCGAUCCAAUCAAACCUAUCAAGUGCCACAUGUGUGCAAGCGAAGGACACACCUCCGAAACCUGUCCAAGGUCCAUGUGUCUGCAGUGUGGCCAUAAGGCUUACUCGUUCGUAUCAGGCUGUCGAUUUUGCAAUCAGAAGUGGAAUUUGAGAUGCGCCAGGUGCAAUGGCCAGGGCCAUGAAACUCAGACUUGUCCUGAUUUGUGGAGGAGAUUUUAUUCAACGGUUUCUGGCAAUGGAGAGGUUGUUGCUCCAUCAACCAUAGUCGGAACAAGUUCUCUGAAGCCCUCUCACAAGCUUUUCUGUUGCAAUUGUGCAAAAAGAGGGCACUCUGUUGAUCAUUGUCCCAAAUCUCGAGAUAACUUCUGUGGGAACUCAUUCAUUUCAUCAUCCCUCGGCUUGAAUGAUUUUGGGAGGAAGGAGAAAACUCCAAAAAAUCAGAUCAAGGAAGCCUGGGGGGAUUUGUACAAAGGUUCAAAAGCACUCAAGCGAUUUAAAAGGGAUUUAAUGAGUUAAUUUAACUGCUUUGGCAGGAACCAAUGUGCAGUGUUCAUGCUCGAGGAUAAGAAAUAAAUGAUUUUUUCGUUAAAACGAA